UAAACGUUUUAAUAUACCGGUACAUAAAAAUGCAAGAUUUAGCAUGCCCGUGACAACGACGAACGUGAUUGGCUAAUACCUGUCGAGAGGCAGGAACGCGCCGGAUCGUGUAUUACAAUUUAUCUUUACUUAUAUAUCGAAUGUGUCAUAAUUUAAACGCGUGUCAACUGGCUGAUAAGUAUACGGUUUACAACACCGCCUUAACUAUAGGUUUACUUAAUUUAACAUCCUCGCGUAAAUGUUUGAAGAGAAAAUAUUUACGUUAAAAAUCCGAGGUAGACGUGUCUAUGUAAUUGAGACGUAUCGCUAAAUCGGUCUUAAGAUAUUUUUUUUUAAAAACGAACUCUCAUUAAUUUCAACUCAACAUUUUUGUAUCCGAUUUUUGACUACGGAAAAGGAACGUGAAAUUUGAUAUAAAGAUUUAUCGAUUAAGGUUUUUAAUAUAUAUUUUUAUCGACGACGGAGUUUUAUAUUAUGAGUGUGCAAUUAGUUUUUUUUUAAAAUAAGGAACAGGAUUAAGUUCUGACAUUUAAAAUGUCGCCACCAAUUGCGGACUCUACGAAAAAUGUGGAAUCUAAGUGCUCUCAGAGAAAGAUCAACAAACCUUUGAUUGAGAAACGACGUCGAGCAAGAAUCAAUGACUGCCUAGCACAACUUAAAACCAUCGUACUUGAGGCUAACCAUUCUAAGUCACCUCGUCCAUCAAAGCUCGAGAAAGCGGAUAUUCUUGAGAUGACGGUAGAGUUUGUAAAGAACAAGUUAACCACAGAUAGUGGUUCUAAAUGCGGUCAGACAAUGGCGGAAGAUGAUCAUUUAGACUACGUAGCGGGCUAUUCCAAAUGUCUUGCAGAAAUCUCGCACUUUCUCGAGGAAACGAAACCAGCUAAUGACACUUUGAAACAAGAUAUCGUAGAGCAUGUUUCAGACAAAUUAAAAUGUUAUCUUAUUAAAGAUAGUAAAGAAGACACAACUCUUAGAAAAUUACCAAUUCCACCAUUGUGCAAAAGAUCAAAAGAAUCGAAAAUAGUUUCUGAUGAAGCAAUGGAUUUGAGUGUAUGCGUGAACAAUAAUGAAAGAACUGAUGCUGCAAGAUCAGCAGCCAUUGAUAAUAACGUGCCAAAAGAGUUGUCAAAUCAAAAGACAGAACCCGUCACUAAUAAUAAUAUUAACCAAUCAGGGCCAUUUGGACUACUUUGCGGAGGCCAAGUAAUGUUAUUGGUUCAACUUCCGCAAUCAGUGACUUCACAAGUUCAGAUUCAAAAUUUUCAAAAUAUUAACCAAUCACAAAGCAGUAUUCCAAUGGUUGGCGUGCAACCGAUGUCAGUCGCAACACAGCCUCACAUAUUGAAUCAAACUAUUUGUAGGAGUGACCAAACACUAAUGUGUCCAACCCCUUUAACUUUUCCACAGGUUACAGUAAGCGGCAGCCAAAUAGAAAAUCACCAAAGCUUUCCGACUAUUUAUCCAACAAUUCAAAACGAUUCCAAAGGAAAACUUGAGAAUCACUGGAGACCUUGGUGACACGACUUUUCCUGUUAGAACUAUAGUUAUAAUUAUAUUGUUGAAUAAAGACACGGCAGCGACCUAUUCCGGGUAGAAAUACGAUGUGUAGCAAUGGAACGCUAGCGGCUUAUUCCAGUUGCAACAAUAAUGUUGAACAAAGACACGCCAGUGGGAUAUUCUUCAGCUAGAAAUAUAUAAUAUAGGAUAGUG